UUGCCGUGGUGUGGACAACAUAAGGCUCCUGGUUUAGUUAAAGACUGAAACAGAUAAUAAGAUAAGAUAAUUUGUUUCAUGUCUUAGUUAUCUAUGUAUUCAGUAUAUUGACCACUUUGAGCCUCCGUACCCAUGAGGGUUGUUCGAUUCCACAGAACACCUUCAAAUGAAAUUGCAUUCCCCACACAGUCCAUGACAAGCACACGGACCUCCUCAUGUUUCAAGUGUAACUAGCGAGUGUUGUGGAUGUUUUCAUGACAAAACUGUUAAAUUCAGGAAGACUUGGCACCAACUUCACCUCAAAGGAAUAACAACAAUUGAGCACAUCAUGAUAAGAUGGUUUUUACUGUUCUCACUGUUCUGCAAGAGCACACAAGAUGCCAAUGGACAAGAAAAUGGUGUUUCGCACUGUGGACCUCAGAAUCUCACACUUACCAGCUCUGACCAGAUGAUCCUGUUAACAUGGGAGGACGAGCCUUCAUGCUCUACACUACACGACGUGUUGAUCUAUGAACUGGUGUUUCUCAUAGAAGACAAGACAGUAGAUAAUGUGGAAGUCGCCGUGACCCCUGAACAGAUAGGAUCUACUCACUCCUGGAACUGGACGUCCCAUCUGGCACUGGAGUGUGCUUCCCAUUCAGUCAGACUCAGGUCCCGAUACAAAAACCAGACUAGCUCAUGGAAACAUGAACAGAAGUCUCCUGAAAUAAAAACAUUACAAGAGGGAGAGGUUUUUCCAAAGGACAGGGUGUUUAAGGUCGGCAGUACAGUCACCUUCUGCUGCGUUCUUCCAGAGGGAAUACUCUUCAACAAAAUGUAUUUGAAUAGGUUUGAAUCAAAUACUACCCAGAUCAGCAAUCAGACAUAUGCCAUGACUGUCCGGCUGGAAAAAGCAGCAACACCCAGUUGCGCUAUUGUAACUUGUGAAUUGUCCGACAGAAAUAAAAGGUCACCGAAGGCUUGUGUUUACAUUGGCUACCCACCUGAUGACAGAGAUCUUCAGUGUGAAACACGAGAUCUGCGGUCAGUCGAAUGUCACUGGAAUGUAGGAAGAGAGACACAUGUGCCACAAAAGAGUAAAACAAUUUAUCAUCUACUUGGAAGAGAAUGUGUAAAUGUUAAGGGAGAAUGUAAGAUGAAUGUGCAAGUGGAUGCUGGUGAGAGAAACUGGACGCUGACAGCAGAAAAUCAGCUUGGAAAGGUAGAGCUCACAGACAGGGCAGACCUGACUAAAAGAGUGCACAUGUCUCCUCCAGAGCAAUUGAAAGCUUCAACUGUAAAUGCCAGAAAUAUCACUCUGGAGUGGGUGUGGACCGAGCCACUGUACUAUAAUCUCAGUUUAAUAUGCCAAGUGAACAUUAACCACAGUGAAACCAAUACAAUAACUGAAAAGUUUGGAGUCGGGCUUCAUUUUGUAGUUUUGAAUGAUUUAAUACCACACUGGACGUAUGAUGUGAAAGUACGAUGUGGAACAACGCCACAUUUCUGGAAAUGGAGUAGCUGGAGCACGGGAACCAAUUUCAACACAAAAGGAGAUGUUCCUGAUGCUCUCGAUGUGUGGAGGCAGGUGACUGGUAACCACGUAAUAAUCCUUUGGAAAAUGCCACUAGACAACCAAAGUCACGGACACAUCGAAGACUAUGAAGUGACCUGGGCAAAAACUGCAGACAGAAAACCAAAUAGAACCAAAUUUCACAACAAGGACAGAGCUGAACUCAGUCUGGACACAUCUGAGGAGUAUAUCGUCACAGUUACAGCUAGGAAUGCAUACGGCAGCUCAUCCCCGUCGACCGUCGUCAUCCCCAGCCUCAAUCCAGAUGGAACAGAAAGAGUGAACACGUCUCAGGUCAUCGGCAGCAACGGCAGCAUCAGCCUGUCCUGGUCUGCCAGUCCUACAGCCAGCUGUGGCUACAUAGUGGACUGGUGUCGAACUUUAGAGUGUUCUAACGUGGAGUGGCUGAAGGUGGCUCCAGGUGAAACCAGUGCCAGUAUAUUUUCAAAAACAUUCAUUGGCGGAGUGAGAUACUCCUUUUCUGUAUACGCCUGCACUCAGGAAGCUCCAGUGCUACUAGAAAGAAGAGAGGGUUACGUCCAUGAGAAAAGUAUGGAAGACAAUCUGUUUAAAUUGAAAUUUAAACAGCAGGGUUCAGAUGUUGUAGUGUCCUGGGACCAAAUAAAUCUGAGAAAGCAGUCUGCUUUCAUCCGAGGCUAUGUUCUGUAUUGUGAGGCCAACAACAAAAUCAUCAACAAUGUCAGCACAGACAAUACUGACGCCACCAGCCUGAAAGUAGAAAACCUUUCCACCGGUUUCUACAAAUUCAGAUUGAAGGCAAAGACGACAGAUGGAGAAUGUGGCACUACAGAGAUCGCUGCCACCUUGGAUUCACAGACUGAUACAAUGGUCAGCUCUGUCGUCAUUUGCCUGGUCACUGUUUUUGUUGUCCUCUCCCUCAUCACUGUCCUUUGCUACAGACACUGGGCAUGCAUCAAACGGAAAGUCUAUCCUCCAAUCCCAAAGCCAGUACUGACAGAAAAGUGGUUCACAUCACAGGGUGAAAAUCAUUUUCUUCGUGUGGAUCAGCACCACAGUGAAGGAGAUACUGUGAAUGUUUCGGAGCUGCAUUGUAACUCAGUAGCACUAGAGAAUGGUUAUAUCAGUCAGGAGAACAUGCCUUUUGUUUUUUCACAAACUCCAAAGGGUUACUACAACCAGCCACUGAAAAUAUCCAUCCCACCACCACUCACUUUCACCACUACAGCUGUCUCAUCUCAGUCAGAGGCACCAUGUUCUCCAUUCAAGGGUGUGUUUCGUAAUCCGUCAUACAACCUGAUAAUGCAGAAAUGCACUACUGGGGAUCAGCAGUCAAACUCAGAUCCUGAGCUUCAGGAGGGCACACCUCUAGAGAGAAGCUCCAGUGGAUAUCAGCCUCAGAGUAUUACAGAAACCCUCACUGUAAACCAGACAACAGAUGAUCUAGAAAGUCCCGUAUCCUGUGUCUCCACUUACAUUUUGUUACCAAAGUCACCUUCCAACUAGCUCCUGCAUGCACAGCCUAUAUAAUAUGUUAUAGGUAGGACAGCAAAUAUGAUAAAUCUGCCACAGUCAUUUAAAAUGAAGAUUUUAUAUUAUAUGUACAUUACUACUUUCAUUCUAGGCAUAUUUUCCACCAUGCUAGAGACAUGUCUCUAGGGAUACAAAGGUGGUCUGGAUCCUUAAAGAUUCUUCUAGCCUUAGUUUUUCGGUGUCUGGUGUAAAUGUAUUUAAGGCAUAGUACAGAGCUAGAGCAAGUUUCUAAUGGUCCCCAGCCAUUUUUACCAAUAAACACUGGGAGAAAGUCAUCACUCUGUGAAAGUAAAAUCAUUUGACACCGGUUUGAGUGUCUAAGUUUCAGUUUCCUUACGGUGUCUCUUCCUGAUGAUCCAAAUUACUGUGAAUCUCUACUGUUUUGUUGUGUCAUGAACACUGAUAAGACAACACACACUGUGAGUUAUUUCAAAUAUUUUGACUGCAAUGUUUGCUGCUGUUUUUGCGAGUGCAGUUAGGGUAUAUCUACUGUAUAUGUGUAAAUAAAUGAUGGGAAGGCAUUUAACUUCUUAACUUGUGAACUGCUGUAUGUAACUAAAUAAAAACAAAUAAAACUCUACAAAAAUAAAA